AUGCAAACAUUCUGUGUCUGCGGCCAAGCGACCACGCCGUUGAGGCAGGCGGUGCUGGCGGCUGCGCGUAUGCCUGCUUCGCCUUUGUCGGUUUCGGCGUACCCCAUACCACCACGUUGGUCGUCACGGCGCGGCUAUGCCGUCCAGGCUGGCGGAAAGCCCGUGUUCGAGGUCUUCAACCGCCGCGCAAAGUGGCUCCAGAAGGAGCGGGCAGCUGCCAAUGUGGAGGCCAGCCGACAAGCCGAUUAUUUGAAAGACGAAGUGGCCAUCCGGCUCUGCGAGCGGUUAUUAGACAUCAAACGUGACUUCCCACGAGCCCUCGACUUUGGAGCAAACUCGUGCAAUGUGGCCCGCGCGCUGGUCCGGCCAGAUCCCGAUCCGGCAGUACCCGGCACGCCUCCAUUGUCCUCGCGCAUUCAGCAGCUGGUCGCGGCCGAGUCGUCGGCUGGCCUGUUGUACCGCGACGUCGACCUUCCUUUUAAUCAGGAGAUUGACAUUGCGCGCCAUGUCAUGAGUUUCACGGAAGAAGAGGGCAGCGGCGCAGCCAGCGCCAGCGGCGACGGCCCGCCAACGAUUACAGCAGACUCGCCGUUUUCGGCCGAGUCGUUUGAUCUCAUCCUCAGCAACCUGAGCUUGCACUGGUCCAACGACCUGCCCGGCGUCCUGACACAGAUCAACCGGCUGCUGAAACCCGACGCGCCGUUCUUGGGCGCCAUGCUCGGCGGCGACACGCUGUUCGAGCUGCGUACGUCGCUGCAGCUGGCAGAGCAGGACCGCCGUGGUGGCCUGUCGCCGCACGUGUCGCCCCUGGCGGAUGUGCGCGAUGUGGGCGGGCUGCUGCAGCGGGCAGGUUUCUCAAUGCUGACGGUGGACGUGGACGACAUUAUUGUGGACUACCCAGACACGUUUGCGCUGAUGGCGGACCUGCAGGCGAUGGGAGAGAGCAGUGUGAUUCUGGGGCGGGAGAUGGGCGCGAUUGGCCGGGACGUGCUGCUGGCCAACGACGCCAUCUACCGGGAGCUGCACGGCAACGAGGACGGUUCGAUUCCGGCGACGUUCCGGAUUAUCUACAUGAUUGGGUGGCACCCGUCGACCAAGGAGCCACAGCCGUUGCCCCGGGGCAGUGGACAGAUCAACCUCAAGGACGUGCUUGAGAAGAAGUAA